AACAUGUUUGAACCGCGAAUUCUGAAUAAAAAAUUGUUGUUUAUACAACAUUAAAACUAAAUGAUUAUUAAUUUACGAAAUGUAGGACACGUUGACAUUUUAAACAAACAAUCCAAGUGUUUAUCUUAAUCAAAUCAAUAAUAAUAUAAUUUUUAAAUCUAAAUCGCUAAUCAAAUGUUGGUUAAAAUUUCAUGUGGACAAUAGUGAACUAGUGUGAUAUUUUUUUAACGUGUUUUUAAAGAAUUUCAUCAGUGACAGUGAAUAAAAAUAUAAAUAAUUAUUAAUAAAUAUAUUGUUUAAUAUAUUUAAUGCAAUAACUAACAUAAUAAAUCUUUAUCAGAUAUAAUUUUGUAUAAUUAAUAUGUAUUAUAUAUUUAAAUAUAUGUCUAUUACGACAUAUGAUGUGUAGUCAUAGCUCAUAGCGGCUACAUAUAUGCACGUUUUCGUAUCCCGUAAUGUUUAACCAACAAAACGAUCAAUUUUAGUAAAGACUUUAUCUACUGAAAUUCAUAAUUGAUUCUAUGAAUUUUGAAUUGUAAAUUUCGAUAACUGUUAUAAUGUAUCGAUUAUUUAAAGUACCAAAAGUGAUUAUAAGAAAUGUGUGCAAUUCAUCACAAGCUUAUUAUGAUUCGACGAACCAUUUGUGCUCUCACUGCAAACUAGAACAUUCUAUUCAAUUAAAAAGAAUUGGAAUUAUACAAAUACGAGUUUAUUCGACAAUAAAUACUGUUGUGGUACCAUCAAUUUCAGUGAAAGUAAAACGUAAAACAAAAAAAUAUGCAGAGUUAUUAGAAGUUACCGAUUGCAGUGUAAAUAGUCGUAAACCAGCAAUUCGUAAAAUAAAUGAAUCAUACUUAUCAUUAUUAGUCGAUAAAGUUGAUAAAAAAAAAGUAAAUCCAUUCGAUUAUCAUGAAGCUAAAGAAAUUCAAGUAUUACUUUCUGAAGAAUCAAAUAUAAAUGUAAAUAAUAAUAAUGAAUCACAUGCAUUAGAUGAACAGUUGCAUGAACAUGAAAGUGAUGGUCAAGAAGAGUUAACUGGAAUAAUGGAAGAUUUACAUUCAUCUGGAAUUGCAGAUUCGGCAUCAAUUAUUAAAAAUAUGUCCACAUUAGGUACAAUAGCAGAAGAGCAUUUAGAAGGUGAAUUCGAGGAUGAAGUUGGCCAUGAUGGCAAAUUACAAUGGAAGAGAAGUACUAAUUCCCAAAUAAGAAAAUUGCAACUUGAAGAAUUGAAGGCAAAAGAGUUGGAAAAAUUAUCUCUAGCGAAAAUUAAAAACCAACAUGAAGGUUUAGUACGAGCAUUAAAGGCAUAUUUAAAUGUCUGCAUUAAUUGUAAUAUGAUUGGUCGUGCAUAUCAUACAGUUAUAUAUUAUAGAAAGUCAAAAUCACAUAGCAAAUAUUCCAACAUACGUGAUCUUACGCUUUAUAAUAUUUUAUUACAAGCUUACGCGUCUCGUGGCCAGUAUUCAAAACUUCGUGAAAUUGUAACGAUAAUAAAAGAAGAUAAAUUGGAGACUGAUGCUAAAACGUAUGCAGCUAUAUUUGAAUGCUUUGGAAAUAUAUCACCUUCUCCAAAGCAACUGCAGUUUUUACGUGAAACGUAUGACGAAAUGAAUAGGAAAAAAAUUACACUUGACGAAGUGUUAAAUCAAUCAAAGUUUAAAGUUAAUCAAUAUAACAAUGUUUUAAGAGGUAUUUUAUUAAUAAAUAAUCAAUUUAAACCGGAACAAAGAACUGAGGAUGGAUCUUAUGAUUGUCAUUUGUUGAAUAAAAUCUCACCAACAACUGUCGUGCAAAACAGCCCCGCGGAAAAUUUAUUAAAUUUAAAUGAUUUAAUGAGUAGAUUUGAAAAACAAAUUAAGUAUGAGAUGGAUGGACAUGUUAAAAUUAAAAGCAUUGCUAAAUUUAAUGAUUCUAAGCCUAUGGUGUGGUACUACAAAAAUGAAGUUAAAAAACUUGAAGUAGAAUGGGAAAAAGCAGUUUCGAAUGCGUUCGAUCGUGAUUUAGAAGCUUUGAGACAUCGCGAACGUACUCCGAUCCCAAAUCGAAUAGUAUUGUAUCCUUAUUUAUGUGUAUUGGAAAAAGAAGAGUAUGUAAAUGCGAUUUUACAUGAGGUUCGUAAACUGGCAAAUGGAUCAGAAACGUUUAGCCCAUCUUUCGGUGUACUCUGCAGAAGGAUCGGAAAAUAUAUUAACGACAAAUACGAGAUAUUAGAGAAGAAAAAGAAUAAAUAUACAGAUGUGAUGGAAAAAGUGUACUUAAAAUACAGUGAUUGGUAUUUACACCGAAAUAAUCGAUUAAAUAGUCGCGCAAGUUGGCAAAAUAUAACUAACAAGAUAUCACAUAAUUUCAGUCUUGAAUUAGUGUCAGCUCAAUGGCCAAAUAAUUUGCAGUUCAUGAUUGGUAAAUUUCUUUAUAACAUAAUUCUUAAUGACGUUAAAUUAGAUAUAAACAGCGCAAAACCCGAUCGUACAUCAGUAGAUAUACGGCCAGCAUUUUACGCGGUAGUGAGAAGCAAUAAUCGUAAACAUUUGAUAAAAGAAAUAAAAACUCAUCCAACAUUAGCUAAAAUUUAUCGAGAAUCACAGCCGGAGACGCUAAAUUUCGAUACAUGUUUGGUACCAUCUGAGUGUCCGCCACGGCCCUGGUCGUCUGUCCAAAGUGGCGGUUACUUAUUACUCAAGACGGAUGUAAUUCGUGUUCCUAUGUUCGCGAUUGAACAAGUGAAACGUCUGGAAGCAACACCCACGAAACAAAUGUGGCCAGCUCUAGACUGUCUUAAUCAACUAGGAUCAAUUCCAUGGUCUGUAAAUAAAUCAGUACUUGAUUUAGCAAUUAAAAUAUUCCGCGAUGGCGGUUCUGUUCAAUUAAAUGUACCUCAACCACCCUCAGUUUUGGAUCCAGGACCUUUAUUGCAUGAAAACUGUACUGAAGCCGAGAGACGUGCCUUUAAAAAAACUCAGAUUGAACUUAAACGUAAGAAAAGUGAAAUGUACUCACUGUGGUGUGAUGCGCUCUAUCGUUUAUCUCUGGCAAAUCAUUAUCGUGAUAAAAUAUUUUGGUUACCACAUAAUAUGGAUUUUCGUGGACGUGUUUAUCCAGUACCGCCUCAUCUAAAUCAUUUGGGUUCUGAUUUAGCUCGUUCAAUAUUGAUUUUUGCACUGGGAAAACCACUGGGUCCAAACGGUCUUGAUUGGCUGAAGAUACACACUAUUAAUUUAACAGGUUUUAAAAAACGUGAAUCAGUUACCGAGAGACUACGUUAUGCAAAUGAGAUCUUGGAUAAAAUAAUUGAUAGCGCUGAGAAACCAUUGGAUGGUGAAAUGUGGUGGGCAACUAGUGAUGAGCCCUGGCAAACUCUAGCUUCAUGUAUGGAAAUAGCAUCUGCACUUAAGACACCUAAUUCUGAAAAAUAUGUAUGCAGAUUUCCAAUUCAUCAGGAUGGUAGUUGUAACGGGUUACAACAUUAUGCCGCAUUGGGAAGAGAUCAAAUUGGAGCGGAAAGUGUUAAUUUGUAUCCUUUUGAAAAACCACAAGACGUGUAUAGUAGUGUAGCUACAAUGGUUGAUAGCAUCCGAUCUAGAGAUGCAGCUAAUGGUAAUCAAAUUGCUAAAGUUUUAGAAGGUUUUGUUAAAAGAAAAAUUAUUAAACAGACAGUAAUGACUACAGUAUAUGGUGUUACUAAAUUUGGUGCACGAUUACAAAUUGCGAGGCAGUUAAAAGAUCUAGAUGAUUUUCCACAAGAAUACGUUUGGCAAGGUAGUUUGUACUUAGCACAAAAAACAUUUGAAAGUUUAAGAACAAUGUUUGAGAGUGCCAGACAAAUUCAAGACUGGUUCACUGAUUGUGCUCAAGUAAUAUCGGCGAUAAAAGGAAAAAAUAUGGAAUGGGUUACUCCAUUGGGAUUACCUGUAAUUCAACCCUAUAGUAAAGUUUUACCUUCAAGAAGUAAAUUUAAGGAUAUUGCAAUUGAUUUAUUUCUUAAACCAAAUACGAUUAAACAAAAAAAUGCAUUCGCUCCUAAUUUUGUUCAUUCAUUGGAUUCGUGUCAUAUGAUGUUAACGAGUUUACAUUGUGAGCAUAUUGGGAUGACAUUUGUAUCAGUUCAUGAUUGUUAUUGGACACAUCCAUGUAGUGUUGAAGUUAUGAGUAAGAUAUGUCGUGAACAAUUCGUAGCUCUACACUCUGAACCGAUUCUUGAAGAUUUAUCGAAAUUUUUUGUUGAAAAAUUCACAUGUGAUACACCGAUUUCGGAGACAGAUAAUCUUGAAGAGAUUUUAUCUAAAAAAAAAUUAAUUCGUAUUCUAUCCAAUGUUCCGAAAAAAGGAAGCUUUGAGCUCAAAAAAGUUUUAGAAUCAACUUACUUUUUCAGUUAAUCUAAUCUAGUGAUUAAUUAAAAUAUUGUAUACUUUUACAGCAGUCUGACAUCACCGUCAAUAAAUAUCAUGUACUAUGUAUGUAAAUAUUAUAAAUUUUUUAAUGUAUAAUACUGUUUUUUAUAAUUAUAUUAAACGU